AGAGAAAGUACCGAUUCAGUCAGUCCAACGACACAAAAACCCUAGAAAUUUAACUGACAAGUUGUGAGGUUAUGAAAGUUUGCAAGCAAAGUUUUUAAUUAUUGCAUAACUUAAUUAGCAAAAAUGAAUUUCAUAACGCAAGUGCUCCGACGAGUUGCACAAUCUUCACCACGGUUGAUUGCCAAAGUGCCCCAAAAAAAUGGGCAUUUGGAACCGCUCUGUGAUAUCACAAGUAGAUUAGGGGGCUUAACAAUACAGGAGCGAUGCGUGUCCUUGUACAGGAUGCACAGGACCGGACCGCACAUUAAGGAGCGGAAACCUCGGCGGCCGCUCGACGGCAAGCCAUUUAUGAAAGGCGUAGUCCUCAAAACGUUAAUCAAGAAACCGAAAAAACCGAAUUCGGCCAACCGGAAAUGUGUGUUGGUUCGGUUAUCCAACGGCAAGGAAAUGGUCGCUUAUAUCCCAGGGAUCGGACAUAAUUUGCAGGAACAUAAUAUCGUUUUAUGUCGCGUGGGGAGAGUGCAGGAUUGUCCGGGAGUUAAGAUAAAAUGCGUGAGAGGAAAAUAUGAUUUAGGGCAUGUAAUUAAAAAAUGAAAAUAAACAGAUGUAGUCAAGAGUGUGUUUGUGAAUUUAAAUAAAUGGUUUAUAAGCGA